AUGUGCUGCUAUUUGCACAAGGUCGUGGUGAAGAAGCGGAAGAAGAAGAAGAAGAGGGAGGAGGAGGGGGAGGAGGAGGAGGAGGAAAAGGAAGAAAAGUGUCCUUUUUUAUAUAAAAUGUUAUUUAUAGAAAUUGGGUCUGUUGCGACCGCUUCAUCUGAAGAAACUGCUGAUUCACGUCAGUCUGCGCACAACGUGCGACAUGGUGGCAACACGCGAGACUGCGUCCUUGCCUGCCAUCUCACCUCAUCCGGAAUUCGACGUUUCCGGUACGUGCACAAAUACUAUUGA